AAAUCAUACAUUAUUUUUCUUUAUAGAACAUGUAUUAUCUUUCUUAAUCUAAUGAUUUCGCUUGAUCUUGCGAAAAGUUUGGAUUAUCAACGUAAACGUUAUAGGUAUAUGAAAUCAACCAAAUUCGAAAAAAACUGUGUGAAGUGCAUAUGUGCAUAUAAAUAAAAUAUGUUCUGGGACGAUUGGGAUUAUAGAGAUUUCCAAGUAUAUGGAAUCUUCGUCGCAUUAGGAAUUUUAUUGGUAUGGAAUAUCAUUCUCACAAUAUUGCUGGUUGUGUACAAACUUCAAAGUAGAAAUAAAAGCAUAAAUGGAGGUGAUAUAACAACAACAAAAAUAGCAACAUCCCCAGUAUGGAAUCAAAUGUAUGUUCCUAAAAUUCCCAGAGUGCAAAAACCUAGGAGUAAUACCAACACUAUUUCUUCUAUACCCCAAAGUCCUUCAGAAUGGUUUGGAGAUGGACCAGCUAAGAUGGACCAAAAUGUAUUCUUUUAAAUCCCCGAAUUUACAUACCUCAAAAAUGUUGAAAUAAUAACUGUUCCUCAAGAGAGAGGCUUGUUUAUUUUAGUUCAUAAUGAAGAUAAUUAAUACGUAUUGUUAGGGAUAAAUUAUUUUUGUGAAAUCCUUAAAAUGUAAAAUAAUAUAUGCUCGCAUACAUAACACUUAUGAUCGAAUUUAACCAUGAGCUCAACAUAAAAGUAAUUAUUUGUCUAGA